ACGCCCAUUUUCUGAUCUGAUAACAAGAAAACUGCCAAGCCGGAUAAUCGAGGUUCCGGAUAAUGGAGGGCCGGAUAAUCGAGGUUCUACUGUAGUUUAUUAUGUACUGGGUGUAGAAAUUCUAGAAUGUUCGAGAUGGCUCUUCUGACAGUAUAAAACUAUAGCCCAGGAUGGGAGAACGACAUUUGCCUAGGCCCCCGGGGUAAGUGGUGGUGGUGAGGCAGCUAGCUAGCCAGACUAGAAGAUCUCCAGCUUUUAAUAAUUUAUGAUUAAAUUUUUGACAAUGGUGCCGGUGAGACAUGCUCAAGUAGUAUUUCCUAUGGCAUUGCUUCUGACAUUUGGCCUGUGUCAAGAACUCAGGAUUGUUAGAGAUGUAUCGAGCUGUCACUUUUUUGAUGAUCCAAGUGGCUUAAAGAGGCAUUUCAUCCACACACUCGAUGGAUUCACAUGCGAUGUGAUAGGAACUGACGACGACUGUGUGGAGGAACUCAGACGUAGAGGAGUGGUUACUGGUGAUUGUGGACUUCCCACAUCAAGGUAUUCAACGUGUUCAGUGAAUCGUACUCUAAUAGCGAAUGAGUGCUGUCAUCAAGGACAGCAUCAAAACUGUUCAAAUGAUACGGCGUGUCCUCCAUUGGCUGACACGGUAGCAAUUACUACAUAUGAUUCUACUCCAUAUGCUACUGGCACAUACCCACCUGGAACUGUGGCUACCAUCUCCUGUCUACAACACCCGGGCCAGAACUCUAGUACUUGUAGCAAUCGUACCUUCCACCCACUACCUUCAUGUGAAACUCCGAUUGUCAUCAAGUUCCAACAGAACGAGUAUGAAGUAACGGAGGGAAGUAAUGCACAAGUGUGUCUGGUUAUCACGAAUGGCACUGACUUGUCAUCAACUGGGAUCACUAUUGACGUGUGUCUGAACUCUACUAGAAAUGUUUCAGAAUGCUUUCAAGUGCAUUUCCCUGAGGGUUCUACUGUCGAUAAACACCAAUGCACUAACUUUUCGACUACUUCUCUGAAUGCCGGUCGAUACAUAUUGAUAGCGGAACUAUUAACUCUGCCUAAGAAUUCGCCAUCUGUUAUCACGACUGACUCUGCAACAUUAAUCAUUCUCAAAAGCUUCAAUUGGGCUGCUGUUGCUGUUCCUGUUGUUGUUUUUGUUGUUUUUGUUGUUUUUGUUGUUUUUGCUGCUGUUGUUGUUGUUGUUGUUGUUGUUGUUAUUGUUUUUGUUAUUGUUGAUAGAUGUGCUGGUGCUGGUGCUGGUGCUGGUGCUGGUGCUGGUGCUGGUGCUGGUGGUGUAGCAGCUGGGGAAGAUGCUGUUAACCCCCCUGAACGCGAGGAAGAUGCCGCUAACCCCCCUGUACAUGAGGAAGAUGCUGUUAACCCCCCUGAACGCGUGGAGAUUAAUGUACCUGAUGCUCAAGAUGAAAGGGAAGUACCUCUGGGUGAAGCUGAGACUAUACCAUAUUCUCGUUCAGUGCAAGAAAGAGGAGAUCGACCUCCUGGUUCAGCAACUCUCAGGGGGAGCCAGAGUGGUGAUGAUCAAUCUGAUUUGCAAUGUAAAGACCUUCCAAGUUUUACUAUUCAAAUGGGUGAAAAUGCCGAUACUCCCCCUGAUAUGUCCCACGGAUCUACUCAACUCAGUAACAGUUCUUCCACUAGUUAUUUUGCAAUGGUCUCGCAGACAAUGCGCAACAAGGAAAGUGCCAACAACGUUAACUCUAUAGGCCUGAAGCUACCUAUAGCUAAUACGUCCAUCACUCUCAAUGAUACUGAUGGUUUUUCCACCAGUAUACAUCUGUUCCAACAGCGGACACAGACUAAGCCUCUUUCUCGGUUUGGUACGUCACUUGUUCUUCGUGAAAGUGUGCCCAAUAAAACCUCCCAAAAGUAUUUGGCUAAAUCACUGGGUUCCUCAGAUGAAUCCAUGCAGCUAACUGCUUAGCUACCUGUGGUAUCCUUACAACAUGGAACUAACAUUAAGAUAAAGACUGUGAUUCCGUAAAUACUGUACUGUAAACCUGUGAUUCCGUAAAUACUGUGCUGUGUUAGUUCAUAUUUAGUCAUUUCUGUACUAUUGUUCUAGAUAUACCCGCUGUUACAGUACAGUAUCCAUCAUAACGAC